UCGGUACCAUCGACAUCGAGGAGGAACACGUCUUCAUCUUCAUCCCUCCAUCAGCUGCUCCAUCAGCUGCUCCUCCAUCAUGGGUCCAUCCCUCCUCCUCCUCCUCCUCCUCCUCGGCCUCCUGAGCUCCUCCGUCUCGCUGCCUCCUCCACGAACCUCCUUCCUCCUCAACUCUCCAGACAGACCUCUGGUCCGCUUCAGCCCCCCCGACCUCCACAACACAACCACGCUGUUGCUAAGCGACGAUGGAUCCACCCUGUACGUAGGAGCGCAGGACGCCGUCCUCUCAUUGGACGUCAGUCAGAGUGACGUCAUCAGGCUGAAGAAGAAGGUGGAGUGGCGUCCAUCCCAGAGUGAAAUAAACGACUGUGAAAAUAAAGGAAAGGACGCAAUGGUCGACUGUCCGAACUUUGUGAGUGUUUUGCAGAUGAUGAACUCCACCCAUCUCUACGUCUGUGGCAGCUUCGCCUUCAGCCCCCAUGAUGCCUUCAUCGACGCAGAAAGCUUCUCGAUGGUUCAACAGGGCGAUGCUCGAGCUAAAGUUCGUUGUCCGCACAGCCCCGUCCAGAAGAACACGGCCAUCAGCGUCGACGGCGAGCUGUUCACCGCCACGACCACCGACUUCAGAGGAGUCAAGCCGCAGAUUUCUCGACACUUCAGCAAAGAUGGCCGCCAAGACGUCAGCCAGGACUCGUCUGUGGGUCUGCUGGAGGAGCCAACGUUUGUCAGCUCGUCCUCCGACCCGUCAGAGAGGAAGCUCUACUUCUUCUUUAGUGAAGUUGGGAAAGAGUUCCGCUUCGUGGACGAGCUGCGGAUCGCCCGAGUGGCCCAAGUGUGCAAGGACGACGUAGGUGGACAGAGGACUCUGCAGAAUAAGUGGACGUCCUUUGCCAAAGCCCCUCUGCUCUGUCAGUUUCCCAAACAGCUUCCCUUCAAUGUUCUCCAGGAUAUGUUCACCCUCCAGCCACCAGAGGGCAGCAACGCUUCAGACACGCUGUUCUACGGCAUCUUCACGUCUCAGUGGUCCUCGAGUCCAGAAUCUGCCGUAUGCGUCUUCAAGCUGCAGGACAUCAGGGAGGUGUUCGCUGGAAGCUACAGGACCUUCGACAUGGACACCCACCAGUUGAGUUCAAUGCUGGAAAAACACUCCUACCUGGGACAGUGUGGACUGGACAGCGCUUCAGAUUCUGAAUUAGCACAGGUGAAGAAGAGUUUCCUGACCAGCAACAGAGUCCGAGGCAAUCCGAUUAUUGUGUCUUCAGGGCAGCAAUACAGUCAUGUGACUGCCAUGAGGACGCAGGCAGCCAAUGGCAAACAGUACACUGUCCUAUUCCUUCUUACAGGGUCUGGAUUCCUCCACAAAGUGGCUCUGUUGGAUCGGGGUGCACAGGUCAUUGAGGAGAUUCAGGUCUUCACACAACAUCAGCUGGUCAAAAGCAUCAUCAUGUCCUCCUCCAAGGGAGUUCUUUAUGUCGGGACAUCGGAGGGCGUGACCGCUGUACCUGUGGCCCAGUGCUCCGUCUACAGAACCUGCAGCCAGUGUAUUCUGGCCCGAGAUCCUCUGUGUGGAUGGAGCCGGACCGGCAGCGUCUGCACCAGCUUGGACGGACGUCACCAGAACGUGGCUCAAGACCUGGAGGACGGCAAUGUGAGAGAACAAUGUCGGGGAGAAACCAGGGCCGGACCGGUCACAGAAAUCAACGUUCCUUUGAACUUAGCAGUGAGGCUUCAGUGUGUGAAACCUUCCAACCUGGCCACCCUGACCUGGACCUCCCCGCGAUUCAAAACCCUGUCAGAGGAACUCUUCAUCCGGUCGGCCGAAGGUGGUCUGAGCUUCCUCGCCAAUGCCAACACCUUCGGGAGCUACCGCUGCGAGGCGGAGGAGGACGGGUACAAGGAGGUAGUUGUGAGCUACGUUGUCCGGGGGGUCGCCUCGCCACGCGCCAUCAGCCCCGCUACAAAGGCAGAGGAAAGCCACGCGACCAACGAGGACAUCGACGGGUCCUACGAGGACAUCGCAACCGAGGAACCGACGACUUCUAUGAGACAACCGUCAGGAGACCCAGAGGACCAAGAAAAAGAUCAGGAAUUCACAACCAAUUUAAAACAUGACACAGACUCAGGAUUGAAAAACAACUUAAAAGAAAAAGAUCCUGUCCUCACCCCGACUUCAAGAACAGACAGCCAGUCCGGGAAGGAGACGCUGGAGGACGCUCGCGUUGAAGUGAAGAGUUACCACAGCGAGCUGGUUGCCGUUUCCUUCCUCCUGGCGGCCUGCGUCUUCGUCCUGAUACUCGGAGGCCUCAACACGUGGCGCCAAAGGAAGACUGGCCUCAAAAUGAGUCCUCUGGUCAGCCCAGAAGACGGCGGCAAAACUAACGAAUCGAUGGAGAGCGUUCCCUCUCUGAGCAGCCCGGAGGCAACGAACCAGAGCUGAAGGUGGUGAACAAGGUGAACGACUUCAGAUGUUUCAGUAAGGUUUCAUUAAAGGUAUGAACUCAGUUUGAGUCUUUCAUACUUUCUUUAAAUUAUAGUCAACAUCUGUUUCUCCAAAAGAUUCUUACCAGGUGAUGUAGAAAUGAAAGAUUUAAAGAUUUGAAUUUGUAAACCGAGUUGUGACUGUUUUCCAUCCAUGUAACCGGCCGACUGCUAUCUUUGUUUGGACUGGGAGUCACAACUUGGGUAAUAUGUAAAAAAAAAUAUUUUGACGGAGUGCAGUGAACUGAAUAUUUUUUACAUUUAGAUGUUUAGAGAAAGAGUCACAACAGUAGGAAGUGUUGUUAAACCACCUCGUUGGGUAGUUUCCACUGCGACGCGAGUGAAAUGCUAAAGAGAGGAACCAAUGAGGCUACAGAGAUAGCUGUUUAGCCUAGCUUAGCACAAAGAGUGGAAACAGGAGGUAACUGCUAGCCUAGCUCCACCAAAAGUGAAAAAAAAUACACUUUACAUCAACUUAACAACAAAAGCAUUUUCUAACCCUGUAAUUAUUGAAAAUCAUCAGUACGGUACCGACCUCCGUAGGUUUAAAAUGCAGUUAUUAACGAGACCAUGUGAUUACAAUCUGGUUUGAGUUUUAUCUGUACAUUUUGUUGCAAAUACCUCCAAUAUUUCCUCGUUUUCCUUCUUUUUUUAUUUUGACCUCUAUCUGUAAAGAGAGGAGAAGGAUGGUUUGUUGUGUGAUCAGGGACGUAAAACUAGUUUUCUAAGUUAGUUUGUUUCCUUUUUAAACUUAGAAACUAAACCUGAACUAGGAGAUUUUAUUUUUAUUUUAACAGCAUAAUUUCUAUUCCAACAAACUCUUUUAGAACACAGAACAUCAUAAAUAUGAUUUGUCACCAUGCUUAAACAUUUUCUUUUUCUUUUUGUAAGAAGUUUUUCCUUAACAUUUAUUAACAGAGGCACAAUACUGUAAAUUAUUAAUCAUUACAUUGUUUAUUCAGAUUAAUAAACUAAUAACAAAUAAACAACUAUCUGAUGCACACAUGACAACAAACCGGUUCAUGAAAUACAGAUCGGUGAAUUAAAUUAAUAUAAAUCUUCUCUUCUGACUCUGGUCGAGAUAAAGAUAAACAUAUGUUUUAUUAUAAAAUAAUGUGAAACAGUUAUGAAAUGUAUUAUAUUUUACUAAAUGAUCGUUUAAUAUUCUGUGUUUAAAUUCAGGGAUUUGUUUGUAUGACUUGUCUGCUGUUGGUUUCUGUUUUUACUCAUCGCUGUGUGACUGAAUGUGAACAGAACGAGACGUGAAACCGUCUGAAUGUAAGGAGUUAGAACCUGACUGUUUAUAUUUUUAAGAAUUUAAUCAUUAGAGCUCAUAUUUUUUUUCUGUUUAAUUGCCUUCACAUUGUCACUUCUUGUGUCUCAAAUUAAAACUAUAAAUUGAGAACAUGUUAAAUAUUUAUUGCUUUCAUUUAUUUAGUCUCAAUAACUGGUAACGUUGUUCUCAUAAAUGGAUUCAUCAUCAUUUCUCUUUUAUUAUCCCGGCCUUAAAUGUGAUUUUAUUUUAAUUAAUGACGAUCAUUUCAAAGAAGUGUUUAUUUGUGUAUUUUUAUUUUCUUAUAGAGUAUUUAUCUGUAUUUUACUUUAAUCACAAAUAUAGAAACUGCUGUUUUUCUUCUCCUUUAAUGAUCCUCAAACUGUGUUUUAGAUAUUUCUGUCUGAGCUCCUGAUGUAAUAAACGUUUCAUAUGAGAGGACAUGCUGCCAUCUGCUGGAAAUAAAUGUAAUAAAGAAUAUACAAACCUAC